CAAAAGGGAAAAUGCUAUGGCAACUGCGGGAGUGUCAAUGAGGAAGCUGUUUGCGCCGUGUGCAGCAAUGGUGUUGGUGUAUAUUGCGUAUGGCAGAUCCCACAUUCUGGAGAAGAUCGCUAGCGACAAGGAUCUUAAUCCUUUGGUCUUCAUCGUUUUUCGCCAUUUCAUAGCCUUCCUCGUCUUGGCUCCUUUUGCUUAUCUCAUCGACAGAAACAAAUGGACUUCUCUCACAAUUUCGAUGACGAUAAACAUCUUUUUGCUUGCAAUCUUAGGCUCAACGAUCCACCUGAAUCUAUUCUACGCUGGAAUUAGCUAUACUUCGCCUAUAGUAACUUCCACUUUCAGUAACAUCAUUCCGAGCUUGACAUUUGUCAUGGCUAUUCUGUUUCGAUUGGAGAGAGUGAAUAUCAGAACUGCGAGAGUGGUGCUAAAAGGGUUGGGGACGAUUCUGUGCAUCGGUGGUUCCUUUGUUUUCACGUUUUGGAAAGGACCAUACGUAACCAAAGGCAUCUUCAAGGAGCCACUCAUAGACGUGUACAAGAAUCAAGGCUCUGGACAUAGCAGUGGCGAGGAUUGGAUAAAGGGCUGGGCUUUAAUUCUUGUAAGUGAGGUUGCUUGGAGUGGAUGGCUAAUUUUACUGGUCAAUAACACCCGAGUUGUCUUUGAGAAGAGAGUGUAG